AUGGCUAGCAUCGACCGAUACCGUCCGCCGAGGGAAGGCUAUCAGCCCCCGGCCAUCCCCCAGCAGAACACUUCGCGAUCGCCGACGCGCAGACGCGAAGUCCCUCCUCCCGCCCCAUCUCCCCCCACACAUUCCUCGAGGACGUCGCCGCCCAGGAAACGGGAUGUCCCGUCGUCGCCAGCCCUCUCAGCGCCCCAGACUCCCAGCCCGAAUCCGGCGAACCAGUGGUUCUUUACGCCCGAGGAGGUGUUGAGCACGCCGUCCGUAAUAGAUGGCUUACGCCCCGCCGAGGAGAGGUUGCGACGGGCUAAGGGCGUGAACUUCAUCUAUCAAGCUGGAGUGCUUCUCGACUUGCCGCAGAUUACUCUCUGGGUUGCAGGGGUGUUCUUUCAUCGUUUCUACAUGAGAUACAGUAUGGUGGAGGAGAGGAACGGUAUACAUCACUAUAACAUCGCGGCCACGGCGCUUUUCCUCGCAAACAAAACCGAAGAGAACUGCCGCAAAACAAAGGAGAUAAUCAUCGCCGUCGCCCGAGUCGCCCAAAAGAACUCCCGCCUCAUCAUCGACGAGCAGAGCAAAGAAUAUUGGCGCUGGCGGGACAGUAUCCUCAUGUACGAGGAGCUGAUGCUCGAGCUCCUCACCUUCGACCUCAUGAUCGACAACCCCUAUCGCAGCCUCUUCGAGCUCCUCGGCCAGCUCGACCUGGCUCAUAACAAGACGCUGCGCCAGGCGGCCUGGACCUUCUGCAACGACGCCUGCCUCACGGCGCUGCCCCUGCUCAUGGAAGCGCGGGACAUCGCGAUUAGUGCCAUCUUCUUCGCCAGCGCGCAUACGACGCAGCAGAUUGACGACGUCGACGGCGAGCCGUGGUGGCGGUUCCUCAACGGCGACGAGGGCAAGUGCGUUCGGGCCAUUGAUGUCAUGAGGCAGUUCUACACCGAGAAUCCCCUCCGGAAACAGAACCCGUCGCUACCCUCGCCUGCUUUCUUGCUCGAGAACACGCGGAGGAGGGGGCAGAUCGUGCAUAGUCAAACUCCGCCGCCCACAGCUACUCCUAUGGCCGACCGGUCGACGCAGAGCCCUAAGCCUCAGGCUAAUGGUGGCGCCGAUCGUGCCUCUGAGUCCAGGGAUUCUAGGGACCCUGACAUAGUAAUGUCAGGCGCCAGUCAGCAACCCCCCAGCCAGAGAGUCAACGGCAAUGCCUCCCCCACUAAGAGGAAAUCGGUUGACUCGGACGCCGAAUCUGAGGGUGCCCGCGCUGCAAAGCGACCGAGAUCGUCGGACGACGAAGAAGGUGAGGUCGCCGACUCAUGA